ACUUUCUGACUUCCGGCCUCGGAGGCCGGCGGAGGCGGUUGCGGACUCCAGCGCGUCCAGGGGUCCCGCGGGUUUUCGGGCGCAGGGUGGCGCCCGCGGCAGGCGGCGGCCAUGAACUUCUCCGAGGUGUUCAAGCUCUCCAGCUUGCUCUGCAAGUUCUCCCCGGACGGCAAGUACCUGGCUUCCUGUGUCCAGUACCGGUUAGUGGUCCGGGAUGUGAACACCCUUCAGAUCCUUCAGCUGUACACGUGCCUAGACCAGAUCCAGCACAUUGAGUGGUCGGCCGACUCACUCUUCAUCCUGUGCGCCAUGUACAAGCGAGGGCUGGUGCAGGUCUGGUCUUUAGAGCAGCCCGAAUGGCACUGCAAAAUAGACGAGGGCUCAGCCGGGCUGGUGGCCUCGUGCUGGAGCCCGGACGGACGCCACAUUCUCAACACCACGGAAUUCCAUCUGCGGAUAACCGUCUGGUCCUUGUGCACAAAAUCCGUAUCUUACAUCAAAUACCCAAAAGCUUGUCUGCAGGGAAUCACCUUCACGAGGGACGGCCGCUACAUGGCGCUGGCAGAACGGCGCGACUGCAAAGAUUACGUGAGCAUCUUCGUCUGCAGUGACUGGCAGCUCCUGCGGCAUUUUGAUACGGACACCCAGGAUCUCACAGGGAUCGAGUGGGCUCCAAACGGCUGUGUGCUGGCAGUGUGGGACACCUGCUUGGAGUACAAGAUUCUGCUGUACUCACUGGACGGCCGGUUGUUGUCCGCGUACAGCGCUUACGAGUGGUCCCUGGGCAUCAAGUCUGUGGCCUGGAGCCCCAGCAGUCAGUUCCUGGCGGUUGGGAGCUACGAUGGAAAGGUGCGCAUCCUUAAUCACGUGACUUGGAAAAUGAUCACGGAGUUUGGGCAUCCUGCAACCAUUAAUAAUCCCAAGAUAGUGGUGUAUAAGGAGGCCGAGAAGAGCCCGCAACUGGGGCUGGGCUGCCUCUCCUUCCCGCCCCCCGGGGCCGGGGCUGGCCCUCUCCUAAGCUCGGAGAGUAAAUAUGAGAUCGCCUCUGUCCCAGUCUCCUUACAGACACUGAAACCUGUUACCGACAGAGCAAACCCGAAAAUCGGCAUAGGAAUGCUGGCAUUUAGUCCUGACAGCUACUUCCUGGCGACAAGGAAUGACAACAUCCCCAAUGCCGUCUGGGUCUGGGACAUUCAGAAGCUGAGGCUGUUCGCGGUGCUCGAGCAGCUGUCCCCAGUGCGCACGUUUCAGUGGGACCCACAGCAGCCGCGGCUGGCCAUCUGCACGGGAGGCAGCAGGCUCUACCUGUGGUCCCCAGCGGGCUGCAUGUCGGUGCAGGUGCCUGGGGAAGGCGACUUUGCAGUGCUUUCUCUGUGCUGGCAUUUAAGCGGAGACUCGAUGGCCCUCCUCAGCAAGGAUCACGUCUGCCUCUGCUUCCUGGAGACGGAGGCAUCGGUCAGCACAGCCUGCAGACAGCUGGGCGGCCACACGUAGCAGUGGUGCAGUAACGUGUGUGCAGAAACAGGGGCUGCUCUGCAUGUUUCCAGUGUGGGAAAAAACACAGAGCUUCACCAGGAAGUUCUCCACCUGUGAUGGUCUGGAUUCAGUGAUUGAUUCUAUUUUUCUAAAGCAAAGCAUUUUUGUAAGUAUGUAUGGUAUAAAACUGUAGUUAUUAUUUGAGGUAAAUACUUGCUGAUUCAUACAA